GCGCACUGCGCAAGUGAUUUCCAGGAAGGGGCUUUUCCCAAAGUGGGUCGAAGGCAGCUAGUCUGUCUUUGAUCAUGAGCUCGCCAUAUUAAUUAGCUCCACAUACACCAGAUUUCCCCAAACCAAAUAGAUUACUUCUGUCUUACAUCUGCCCCAUAUUUCUUGCAUAUGGAGAAAUUGAUUGCAAAAAUAUGGUCACUAUUCGGCCUUUUCACUCUGCUGCAGAACAUUCUUCCCCAACACCUGCACAAAAUCUUACUGGAUUGGUUAUCAUCAAUCAAGGAUUAUUUCAAUCCUCCCCAUUACCAUCUGGAAAUUCCAGAAUUCAAAGACAGUUAUGGCGUCAACGCCAACGAUCUCUACGACAUCGUUGAGCGCUAUCUCGAUGGUGUGGAUGGCCUUAUCCGUACUCGAAGAUUGACUGUGUUUCGUGCUAGGAAAUCCACCAAUUUGGGAUUUUGCCCUGCGUCUGAUGAGGUAGUGGAGGACAGCUUCAGGGGAGUCAGGGUAUGGUGGAUUCACAGUGCCCUUCUUGAGCAGCGCAAUGGAGGAGGAGGAGGAGGUGGAGGAGGAGAGGGCAAUGGAAUAAACGAAAGGCGGAGAUUUACUCUCAAAGCACAGAAGCCAGACAGAGACUUUAUCUGCGCUUACUUCGAUUACAUUACAAAUCGGGCAGCAGAGCUUAAUACGCUCAACAGAGAUAUCACGCUGUAUACCAAUGCAGGGCAUGCUCGUUGGUGUGAAGGCUGGGCAGGAGUUCCCUUCAAGCAUCCCUCGACCUUCGCCUCUCUCGCUCUCGAUCCCCUUCUCAAGUCUAAAAUUCUCAGAGAUCUCGACCGAUUUAAGAAGGGAAGAGAGUUUUACAGACGGAUUGGGCGUUCCUGGAAGCGCGGGUAUCUUCUUCACGGGCCUCCUGGAACAGGGAAAUCGAGCCUCAUUGCUGCCAUUGCUAAUUACAUGAGAUAUGAUGUUUAUGAUCUGGAGCUCACGCAAGUGACUGACAACACCGAGCUCCGCAAGCUUCUAACCCAAACGAAAGAGAAAUCUGUGAUUAUUAUUGAGGACAUUGACUGCUCGCUCAAUUUGGCUGAGAGGGUUUCGAAUCCUCCACCAGGCAAUCGAGAAGAGCAAAAGAGGAGGGGAAUCACGUUGUCUGGUUUGCUGAAUUUCACGGACGGGCUGUGGUCCUGCUGCGGCGAGGAGCGGAUUAUUGUGUUUACGACGAAUCACAAGGAAAUGCUUGAUCCUGCACUGCUCAGAAGUGGGCGGAUGGAUAUGCACAUCUUCCUUUCGUUCUGCAACUUCCAGGCAUUUAAAACUCUCGCCUUUAACUAUUUGCAGGUUGAGGACCAUCCUCUAUUUGCAGGUGUGGAGGAGAAGAUGAAUUCUGGGGCGGAAAUGACUUGUGCAGAAAUAGUAGAGGUUUUGAUGAAUAAAGUGGAGGAGCCCAGUGAUGCGCUGAAUGAUGUGAUUUGUGCUCUGGAUGCCAAGAUUAAGGUUAAAGAAGUUCCACCCACAUCUCAGCAAGAUGUGUAAGAAGAGCCUCAAAACCCCUAAUGAAGAAAGAGUUGUGCGAAGGAAAUGCAGAGUAUUCAAGUGAGAAUAUUCGUAUGGACACAAGUGAAGGCGCACUAGCUUCUUUGUUUGCUGUAACAAACGAUGUGAUAGCGCACCAAAUGGCGCAACAAUAAAUUAUAGCAGUUUUCUUUCCUCUUA